AUGUCAUUUAGGAAAACAGAGAAGAACGGAGAAAGUUUGCAAACACGCCGACUUUUUCGGUGCGAAUAAUUACAAAAUUCGGUGACUUAAAACAAGACAAACAAAAAUAUUACCACCAUGGCGGACGUACUGGAUAUCUACAACCACGAGGAGUUUGAAGUGGACGAAGAUGGCGACCAGGGCAUCGCACGGCUGAAGGAGAAAGCACGCAAACGCAAGGGACGCGGUUUUGGCAACGAAAGCAUUCCCCGUGAAACGAUCGACUACGAGCGGCUGCAGGUGGACGAGGAGGAGGCCGAACCCGGCCCGCAGCGUUCCGUCGAGGGGUGGAUUCUGUUCGUCACGUCCAUCCACGAGGAAGCGCAAGAGGACGACAUCCAGGAGAAGUUCUGCGAGUUUGGCGAUAUCAAGAACAUCCAUCUGAACCUGGACCGCCGGACAGGCUUCCUGAAGGGAUACGCACUGGUAGAGUACGAGACAUACAAACAGGCGCUUGCCGCGAAGGAUGCAUUGAACGGAUCGGAAGUGCUCGGACAAACGAUUGCCGUCGACUGGUGCUUCGUAAAGGGACCGAAAAAUCUUAGACGAUCCAAUGACCGUCGUCGGCGAUAAGGAAUGCGACACGCCACACACCAAAGGACGGGCAAACAUCUGAUAUCUAAGUAGGUAAAACUGGAAGCGAAAUAAGAUUCUUUACAUUCGUGGAUUGCUCCGGGAAUGUUU